UUAAUUAAUUAUUUUAAAGCAAAAGAAGAAAGAGUGUGUGGGUUACAUUGUACGGUCUCACCUUGUCCCCUCCCUCCAACUAAAAUACUGUAAUCUUUCUCUCUAAAAAGCUAGAAAGACACCACCCGUUUGGCUUUUUUCCCUUUGGUUUCUGUGCUGCCUUUGCAUUUGUCCAUGUCUUGCUCCCUUCUUCAAAAUCAAUCCCACCCAAUUCUCAAAAUCCGAUAAUGGGGUGGCAAUCAUUCUCCCAAAUCUUGAUAAAUUUCUCCCCUUUUCUUUCAUCAUCAUCCUGUUGGAUACCAUAAAGAAAACCAUCUCAUUUAUUUGUGUUCUUGCAUGAUUUUGCUUCGUCGUUUCUCCCCUUAUCUUAAAUUCUCUGAUUAACCACUUGUUUUUGAGAAAUUUCUGAAAAAUUGAACUUGGGUUUUGCGAUGGAAAUUGAUCUGAACCAUGCAGUGAACGGAAUUGAAGCUGGGGAACAAGUUUAUAGCGUUGAUUCGAGUGGAAAUGGAGGGGAUUCGUCUUUAUCAGCUUCCUCAAACUCCUCGAAUUCGUCCUUAAAAUCAUCAAAUCCGAAUUUUGAAUCUUCGGUUUACAUGGAGCUUUGGCAUGCUUGUGCUGGGCCUCUUACAACUCUCCCAAACAAAGGAAAUGUGGUUGUUUAUUUCCCACAAGGUCACUUGGAACAAAUUGCCUCUCAUUCAUCUAUUCAAUUCUCAUCCACUGAAGUUCCCUCUUUCGGCCUUCAACCUCAAAUCUUUUGCAAAGUUGUUGAUGUUCAAUUGCUUGCCAACAAGGAGAAUGAUGAAAUCUAUACAAAACUUACUCUUCUCCCACUUCCAGAGUUAACCGAUAAAAAUUUGCAAGAAGGGGAAGAAGAAGGUGGUGGUGGGACACUUGCGAAAUCAACCCCUCAAAUGUUCUGCAAAACACUAACAGCAUCUGAUACAUCCACCCAUGGCGGAUUCUCUGUACCCAGAAGAGCCGCUGAAGAUUGUUUUCCACCUCUGGAUUAUAAACAGCAAAGGCCAAGCCAAGAACUAGUGGCGAAAGAUCUCCAUGGAGUUGAGUGGAAGUUUAGACACAUUUAUAGAGGUCAACCGAGGCGACAUUUGCUUACAACAGGGUGGAGCAUUUUUGUAAGCCAGAAGAAUCUCGUUUCUGGGGAUGCAGUUCUCUUUCUAAGGGGUGAAGGAGGUGAAUUAAGGUUGGGAACACGAAGAGCCACUAGACCAAGAAAUGUCCUUCCAGAUACAAUUAUGCCCAACUCAAAUUCCUUCAUGGACAUUCUUGCCCCUGUAGCUAAUGCUGUAUCUACCAACACCACCUUUGAUGUUUUCUAUAGUCCAAGGUCUAAUCGAGCCGAUUUUGUUGUUCCAUAUGUGAAGUACAUGAACUGCAUUAACAAUAUGAUAACAAAUGGAACAAGGUUCAAAAUGAGAUUCAGUAUGGAUGAAUCUCCUGAAAGAAGGUUUAGAGGCACUGUGACCGGUGUAAGUGACAUGGAUCCUUACAAAUGGUCUAAAUCAAAAUGGAGAUGCCUAAUGGUGAGGUGGGAUGAAGAUGUUGGUAACAAUAAUCAAGAACGAAUCUCUCCAUGGGAGAUUGAUCUUUCGGGUGCAUCUGUCCCACUUUUAAGCAUUCACCCUUCUCUAAGAUUCAAAAAACUUCGGGCAAAUCUUCAUUCAUCUCCAUCUGAACACCCCGUGAAUGCAUGGGGUGGAUGUUUAGACUUUGAGGAGUCAACAAGAUCCUCUAAGGUCUUGCAAGGUCAAGAAAAUAUAGGUGGCACAAUAAACAACUCGUUGAACUUCGGUGUACAACCCUCAAUGCAUGGAGUACACGUACAAGUACAACCCUCGAUGCAUACGGGUUUUACUCCAAAUCAAAUGUUAUUAACAGGAAGAAGUACAAACAUUGUGAGUGAACUUAUGAGGAAUCAUCAUCAUCAUUCAGGCUUUUUGGGAUCUGAAAAUAGAUUCCCAAAGGUCUUGCAAGGUCAAGAAAUUUGCUCAAUGAGAUCUUUAACUGGAAAAACAAACGGUUCUUGGGGCCCACCAAGAACCAAUAUACCAAAUAACCCCGGGUUCUAUCCGCUUGGUUCUGAAGGUGGUAGGAACUUUUGUUUUCCAAAUUUGCCCCCGGUGUUGCCUAUGACUGGGUUCCCUAUCAAUCGUGAGGGUUUUGGAAAUGGGGUUAUGAGGGAUGAUGUCAGCGGGUUGAAAUUACAACUUCAAGUUCCAAAAACCGUUGAACCGAAUUCGGGAAGUGAGAAAGAUGAUGGUGGUUCUGAUAGUAAUGGGAGUAGUUGUAAACUAUUUGGUUUUCAUUUGAAUGGAGUGAAUACAACACCAGAUGCUCAAAGUUUAAGCAAGAGAAGUUGCAUUAAGGUUCAUAAGCAAGGAAACAAAGUUGGAAGGGCCAUUCAUCUUUCAAAAAUGUCAAGUUAUGAAGAACUAUUUAGGGAGCUAGAGGCACUAUUUCAAAUGGAAGGUUUGUUAAAAACUCGUGAUGGUGGAUGGCGAUUGCUAUAUACCGAUGAAGAGAAUGACAUGAUGGUUGUAGGAGAUGAUCCAUGGGAGGAAUUUGCACGAAUGGCUACAAAGAUUCAUAUAUAUACGAAUGAAGAAGUUGAAAAACUAAUGAGUGGUGGUGUGAUUAGUGAUGACACCAGUUGCUUGGAGGAAGCACCGGCCAUGGUGGUGGAUACCGCUAAGUCCUCACCGGAGUAAUCUUCCGGUGGUGGUGGUUUAGAGUAUAUGUUUAUGUUGUUAUUUUGUGCUAAUGCAACAAAUAUGGAAGCAUGGAGUUUUUUUUUUUUUUUUUUUUUUGGUA